AUGGUAGAAAUUAUCAAGUACCAGGGCUUUGACCAUAUAUGGCAAUACUCGGGCCCAUGGCUAUAUUACUUGUUGGCACUAUACGUCAGUUUACCAUUCCUUGCUUACAAGUUGCUUCCAUACGUGUUUCAUAGAAAAGUCAACCAUAAUAGGAAAAGUAUACUCAUACUCGUUAUGGGGGACUUGGGCCACUCGCCGAGAAUGUGUUACCAUGCAUUGUCGUUUAGCAAGCUUGAGUUUAGCGUCAACCUAUGUGGAUACGUGGAGACACAACCGAGUCACCAAGUCAUUGACGACCUCAACAUCGACAUCACUCCAAUUACUUCAGUCAAAAACACAGAGAAUCUUCCCUUUGUCUUGUUUGCAGCGAAAAAGAUUAUUGUCCAAAUUCAACAAAUUGGCGAGAUCUUGUGGAAAACCCGCGAUCAAACCGAUUUCGUCAUGAUCCAGAACCCCCCGAGCAUCCCCAUUUUGUUGGUCAUCGUAUUGUUCAAAAUCCUCUUUAGUCGACAAUUGAAAAUAGUCAUUGACUGGCACAACUUGAACUACACCAUUUUGAACCUUCGGUACAAAAACCUUGCACAUCCAGUGGUCAAACUUGCGAGAGCCUAUGAAAAGUUCUUGGCAAGGUUUGCUAGCUUGAACAUCACCGUGACAAAGAAGAUGAAAAACUUUUUGGUGGACGAGUUUGCAUUGGAUAAAUCAAAAGUAACUACAUUUUACGAUCGGCCAGGUGACCAGUUUCAACCCAUAUUGAGCAAAGAUGCUAUUUUCAAACAUGAGAUUUUCCAAGGUAUAGAGAAUAUUGCAGACUUCAAGAUUCUUGUUAGUGCAACAUCCUUUACGCUAGACGAAGACUUUGGCAUCCUACUAGACGCAUUGAAAAAGUACGAACUAGAUCCAAAAUCGCAACCAGUGAUUCUAAUAGUCACGGGAAAAGGCCCACUCAAAAACCAAUUCCUACAAGCAGUGGAGGAGUGUAAAUAUUCACCAAAAGUCAUUGUGAAAACAGCAUGGUUGUCAUCUGAAGAUUAUCCACGAAUCCUAGCGAGUGCAGACUUGGGGGUUUCGCUACACACCUCAUCGAGUGGGAUCGACCUUCCGAUGAAGAUUGUCGAUUUCUUUGGAUGCGGCGUCCCCGUGGUAUCUUUGAAUUUUCCAGCAAUCAAUGAGUUGGUCAAGGAAGGUAAGAAUGGAAUGAUUGCGCAGACAUCAACCUCAGAAGAGAUUUGUAAAUUGAUCACAGACAUUUUAGCCAAUGAUGCAUUAUUGGCACGUUUAAAAGAAGGAGCUUUGCAAGAAAGUAGAUCACGAUGGAAGGAGAAUUGGAUACAGACGUUACAGCCAAAAUUUGUAACUUCAUAG